AUGAUAUUGCUACAUUAAUUCUAAUAUUAGUAAAACUUAUAUCAUAUUUUAUAUGAAAAUAAAAAUAUGAAUUGUUAAAUCUGUUUCAUUGAUAAAUUGAUGAUUAAACCUGGAGAUUGUUCUCAUUAAUUUUGCAAGUAAACAUAUGUAAAUCAAAAAGAGAAUGCAUUGUCAUGUAUAUAAAAGAAGCAAUUAAGAGUGGAAGUGUAUUUAAGAUAACAUGUCCUUCAUGUAGUACUUAAUAUGAUGCUUUAAUAAUAAAAUAGUAUUGUGAAGAUUUAUAUCCUAAGUAUUUGGAACUAAAUCAAAAAGCUAUUAUAACUUGUUCUGUAUGAAAUAUUAAUUCAAUUUUAGGUUUGCAAGGAAAAUCUAAAAACCCAUAAAUGUGGUACUAAAGUCUGUUAAAAAUGCGGAGAAAUUCAUAAUGCACAAUGUAGUUAGAGAUGUCCAAAUUGUUUGAUUCCUUUAGAAAAGAUUAGUGGAUGCAAUCAUAUGGUUUGUAAAUGCAAAUAUGAAUUUUGUUGGAUUUGUAGGGGAAAAUUUGGAAAAUAUCAUUAUAGAUUAUGGAAUUUAUUAGGAUGUCCAUGUAAUUUAUUUUUUAAUUGAAGAUCCUGGAUCAAUGAUGAAAAAUAUUAAACCUUUAAGAAAUCCAACACUAAUGCGAUAUUUAAUGGUUUUACCAAAACUUAUUGCAUUCCUACUAAUAUUUUCUUUCUUGCUUUUAAUAUAUCCAUUUUUCUGUUUUAUUAUCACUGUUUAAUUUCAUUAUAAAUAGUUUAAGAUCAAAAAGUAAUUCAUAAAUUGAUAAUUAUUAUAGAUCAAGAUUAUUAUUAGUAUUUCUGUUUCCGUUGAUUUACUUGAUGCAUUUUUUUUAUAAAGGCAUUUUUGCUGUGCAGAAUAAAUUACAUUCUCUUAGUUGA